GUUCACUCCGCCAUUGACAUGAGUUCAAUGCCCGACGAAUUCAAACUUCUUAGGGUGUCCCUGCAAUGGUUGCCAUGGAGUGCCCGCCCUUCUUCCGGCUGUUUCUUUCCCUGCCCACCUGCCACUAGCGGCUUCCCCCGCAUGGGCGACUUCCCCGUGGACCCCGCGGAGCGAGCGUCCUCACCGCAGUCAGAGGCUGCGAGUGGGGUCGCCGAGGGCGAGGAGAGCGAGAACGCGAGCGAGAGGCUCAGCGGGAACGCGGUGGAUCUGCGACGCGCACUGGUGCGAAAGGUGGCGCAGUUGACCAAAGUGGUGAUGCAUUUGACGUCCUUGAAUGAUGCAGAUGAGAAGCAGUACGAGGAGCUUCAAGCUGAGUUGGAGUGUGAAGUUCAGUUGGUGAUGGAGAAAGCGCUCAAAGAGAUGGAUGCCGAGCGGCACAAGCUGACAGAGUUGGCGGACAAGACCUGCUUGCAGGAGAACUCCCGGCGCCUGGAGCAACUCUUCGGUCCCCAGCGGCAGAGUUUCGCUGACGAGCUGCGCCGCGUGCGCCUCAGCGGCGAGGCGCUGCGGGCGAAGACGCUGGAGGCGGCGGAGCGGCAGCUCGCGGCGACGAGGUCGAAGGUGCGUGACGUCUCCGAGAAGAUGCAGGACAGUCUGCAGCGCUAUCGGCAGACGUUGGCACUUCGCGCCAAGGAGAUGCAGCAACGCCAUGAGGAGCUGAGACAGGAUCGCCAGGCUGAGCUUCAGGUGCUGGAGCAAGACUUCGAGCGGCGCUUGGAUGAGCUCCGGGGCUCCCUCCGGCGCGAGGCGGAGCAUGCGAAGCAGAGCACGGAGCAUGCGAUGCUGCACAUGCGCCGGAUGCAUGAGGCCGAGACCUCCAGCUGGCAGAUGCAGGCCUUGCAGCGUCGGCAGGAGCGCAUCCAGCGCCUGGAGCUGGACUUUGCGGAGGAGCGCCGGAGGCUGGAGCAACAUGCCAACAGCUCGGAGCUGGAGCUGGGGCAGCUGAAGAAGGACUUGUUGGACUUCAAAGCAUCCUACAGCUUGGUGGACCAACAGGUGGACGCCAUGCGCGGCACGCUGGACGAGAUGCGCUUGCGCGCGGAGCGGGCGCAGGCGGACGCCGACACGGCACGCGCGGAGGCGGCGCAGGCCGAGGUGGACGCUGCGGCGUUGGCCAAGGAGAUCGCGCUGCUGGAAGUGAGGCAGCGCUCCGCGGGGAUUCCUCCAGGUGUGAUGGCUCCUUUACCGCCCAACACCCCCAAGACACCUAAACCAGCUAACGGCUUGACCGAUGAGCUUCGGGAAGCGAUUGGAAACAGCAAGCAGUUGGAGCAUGAAAUUGCACAGCUGGAGGCUGAGCUUGGAGACUUGGAGGAUGAGCUGGCGGAGAAGGACAAGACGGUGGAGAUCCUGGAGCUGGAGACCGAGGAGGAGCGCCUGCGCACUCAUCGACUCCAAGCACGGAUCCUGCAAGUCGAGGCCUCCCUAACCUGACGCCGAGCACGGCGCGGCCUGGCGCUGCCCGGCGGCUGCGGUGCGGACUCUGGGGUGGGAGGCCGCGAAGCAGCCUUUGGAGGUGGAGGCAACCAGCCCACUAGCGCUCGUGAGCCUUCUUGGGACAUCUGAUUGUUUUUGAUGACGGCAGAUGGUAGCAGGCUGUUACUCCGCCCACACGUUGGCAGAGUAGCCGAGGAGCCGUCGCCUUCUGUUGCGUGACUUUUGAUGGUUUCACCCCUCCAGACGUUUUCACAGGCACAAAGGCCUGGGCGUGAUGGAGAAAGCCAGGCAGGAGCAAGUUUGCUAAA